AUGCUUGCCUUGGGCCAGCAGCACAGUCUGGCGUGCACAGAUGGAAACAUCGUGGUCGGUUGGGGUGACAACCACCGUGGUCAAUUGGGAGAUGGCACUCGAAGCUCGCGCAGCCCUGGAAAAGUCUUUGAAGCCGAUCUAGUGGGCCUCGCUACUGGCAUGCAGCAUAGCCUUGGUGUUACCAGAGACGGAGAACUGCUGGCAUGGGGAGGCAACGAAUUUGGGCAAAUCGGCGAUGGCACGGUGCUGCCGCGAAUGACGGCUGUGGCGAUUGCUAGUGACAUUGUCAGCGUCUCUGCAGGUUGGUGGCACACGUUGGCGGUCACAGCUACUGGCGAGAUCUUUGCUUGGGGUCAAAACAAACAAGGACAGUUGGGAGACGGAAGCACAGAGACGCGCCGCUCGCCUGUGCACGUUUGCAGUGGAGGGAGCGCAGUCGGAGCUGGAUGGCUACACAGCUGUGCAGCACUCACAACUGGAGAGGUUGUUGCGUGGGGAGCCAAAAGUACACUCUUCGGGGAGUCAACGGCUGAGAACAUCCUACGACCUGUGGAGGUGGCAUCGGCAGAGACCGGGGCCAUUGCUGUGGCCUGCGGAUAUUCUCACAGCAUCUUCUUGACCAAGACCGGAGAGGUCUAUUCCUUCGGCUGCAAUUCGCGAGGGCAGCUGGGCGAUGGCACGACAGAGCUGAGGACGAGCCCAGUCCAGGUGCAAACUCACAUGGCUGCACCGGUGAUUGCCAUAGCAGCGGGUCAUUCACACUCCGUCGCCCUGACCAAAGCAGGUGAAGUGCUCACCUGGGGUGCCAAUGACCAGGGCCAAUUGGGCAAUGCCAGCGCAGAAGAUCGAGCAAUUCCUCAAAAAGUCUUUCAUGAGAACGAUAUUAUUGGAGUGGCUGCUGGCUGGCACCACACGGCUGCGUGGGAAUGUGAGCGAGGUGAGGUCUGGGUUUGGGGCGACAACCACUGGAUGCAAGUGGGCGACGGCACCACGGAGAACGCCAUGACGCCCCAGAAAGUCCUGGCCGAGUUUCCACUACUGAUGCAUCCAUCCAGACUUGCGGUGAGUUUCCAACAGCUCCGUGACUUCGACGCGAAGGUUCACCAGGAGUGCAGGGUCACAUACCCUGUGAUCCUGGUGCGUGAGGUGGUGGAUCAGAUCGUGCAGCCAGCUAUUGCAGGGCUACGAAAUUGUGGCUACGCCCGGCUGCUGAACAAAGGCAGCCCGCUGUUGGGUGAAGCUUUCGUUUCACACGCUUGGGAUGGCGCUUUUGUCGCCUUCGCCCAAGCAGUGUUUCAGGUGUUUCAAGCCUGGCAACCGCCGCCAAAUCUCUGGAUUUCAUUCCUGGCCCUGUCGCCGGGCGGCCGCCGCUGGACUUCACCCGACAAAGCGCCAUGGGUGGAGGCCAUCCAGCGCGCCAGCACAGUUCUCCUGGUGCGAAAUCCGAGGAGCGAUGUUUACAAGCGACUUUGGUGUGUCUUUGAGCUCUUCAUAGCCUCGAACCUUGGUUUCUUGGACCGUGGAGCUCUACGUGUACAUGGGGCCAAUGUGCCAGGCACUUCUCGGACGGUGGAGCUACGAAACUGUAGCACCUCCACGGAACAAGACAAGGAGUGGAUCUUCUCAUAUUUUCAGGAACAUCCAGGUUCCUGGGAAGAAGCUGAGAAGGUGGCAAGCCAUGUACAUACCACGUUCUUUCGAUGA